GGUUAUGUUCAUCGCAUUAGUUGUUGGGGAAUCAUGAGCAGUGGAGGGCUGGUCCCGGAACGUGUAGUUCGUGGACUCGUUGACUGCGUUGAGCUUUUGGAACGCUCGAAAGGUGAAUUCUGUUCGGAAGAUGAGCUUUCGAGCGCGUGGAAGACUUCACUCAUCCACUCCUGCAAUGCCGACCUCCAUCCCAAGGGUAAGCAGACUCCAGCGGGCGUCUGUGUUGACCGCACGAGGGGAAGCCUGGUCCAAUUUCUGUUCAGCUAUUAA